AUGGCAGUGAAUGAUGAAAGAUAUGUAUUCAUAGUAGAAUGGUUUGAUACAAGUGCAUCUUUAAUAAGGAGUUAUAACUUAACAUAUUUCAUGUCAGACAAGACUAUCGAGAUGGUAAGAUUUGUAAAGGAAUUUAGUUUGAUUUGAAAAAUAAAAGAAUAUUUUUGAAAAGAUGUGAAUAUCCAUCAGUGUAAUUAAAGGAUUUAUAUGUUGGAUCUAUUGUGACAGUUUAUUCAAGAUAAUUAAAAAUAGUAGAUUAUGCAGAUGUAUUUACAAGAUCUAAAUUCGAAGUUUAAAGAGGAAAGUAAAUAAGUUGUAUAAAUGAUAGAACAUUUGGUAUGAU